AUGAGGCGGUCGGUUCUUGUCAUGCUCCACUGCAUCGUGGCAAUCGCUGCCGUCAACAAUUUUCAAAACCCUGUGGUUUUCGCUAAUGAGGAGAACAAUGUUGAAUCCAUCAUCGAAACCACAGAGUACGGCAGCGAUGAUAUGCAGCCCAAAAUCCAUAUCGAAACUACUGAGGAAGGCACAUCAGAUGCCACCGCCGACAGCGAGGUAGUUAUUACCGAACCUGAGGACACAGUCAGUUUAUCCGACGAAGAAAUGUCGAGCGCCGCCAAAUACGGGGAAAGCCACACGUACCAGGCCGAUUUCGCCAGAGUUAUGGAUAUCAUCGUAAACUCACUUUACUCUAAGAAGGAAGUGUUCCUUAGGGAGCUCAUCUCAAACUCUGCUGAUGCUCUAGAAAAAUACAAAAUUCUAGAACUCCGAGAAAACCGCGGCGAUUCAGGCGAUGAAUUGGCAAUAAGAAUAAGAACGUCGGCUUCCAAGAGAACUCUCACCAUUCUCGACACUGGUGUCGGUAUGACGAAGCACGAACUGAUUAACAAUCUCGGAACCAUUGCCAAGUCUGGUACGGCCAACUUUGUGGAUGCGAUAUCGAAGGGUGAAAAUGAUGCGAACCUCAUUGGACAAUUCGGUGUGGGUUUCUACUCUGUCUUCCUUGUUGCGGACAGCGUUGUCGUACAGACGAAGCAUUGGAACGACAAACAGUACGUCUGGAAAUCAUCAGCUGACACAAAGUACGAGCUCUACGAAGAUCCAAAGGGCAAUACGCUUGGUGAGCACGGUACGCAAAUCACACUGUUCCUCAAAGAGGAUGCCACGGAGUAUCUUGAAGCUGCAAAGAUCGAAGAAUUAGUAAAGAAACACAGCCAGUUUGUUAGGUUCCCCAUCUACGUCCUUACCGUGGACAAGGAUUCGAAAGAAGCCGUGUGGAAACAUGUCAACGAUGUAAAACCAAUAUGGGCAAGGGAAAAAUCCGAGAUCACCGAUGAAGAGUACACGGCAUUUUACCAGGCUAUCAGCGGCUCGCGUUCAAAGCCUCUCGCUCACAUACACUUUGUCGCUGAAGGUGACGUGGAAUUCAGGUCACUUCUAUUCAUUCCCGAACGCCCUAAGAGCUCCUACUUCGACACCGAUGACGUGGGACACCAAGUUAAGAUUUACGCGAGGAGGGUGCUCGUCUCCGACGGACUCCCUGAUUUCCUUCCCAGGUAUCUUUACUCGAUUUGCGGUGUCGUUGACAGUGACAACUUCCCUCUUAAUGUGUCUCGCGAACACCUGCAACACAGCAAGAUGAUUAAAAUCAUCGGCAAGAAGAUUGUCAGAUCAGUGCUAUCCACCUUACAAAAUCUCAUGAAAGAAAGCAUUGACAGCAAGAAGAAGUUGCAGGAAGAGAUUGACGCAGAAACGGAUGAGGAAAAGAAAGCGGAACUAACGAAAAAGCUGACAACAAAAACGACGUUUGAUAAAUUCUACCAAAACUUCCGAGGGUCGCUCAAGGUCGCGUGCUACGAUGAUGCCUCAAACAGAAAGAAGAUUGCGAAAUUGCUCAUGUACCAGACUUCCAAGCACAAGACGAACGAAAUCACGCUCGAUCAAUACGUAGAAGAAAUGCCCGAGACGCAGAAGGCCAUUUACUACGCCAGCGGCGAUUCGUACAAUGCCAUAUACAACAGCCCCCAUCUACAAGGAUUCCAUAAGCGUGGCAUUGAUGUCAUAUAUCUCACCGACACUAUGGAUGAGUCAUGCAUUAACCAGCUGUACGAGUAUGAGGGCAAAUCAUUCAAGUCCGUGCAAAAAGGCGACGUCGACUUUGAACGCACCCCGGAAGAGGUAGAAAAGGAUGAGCUAACUUUGAAGAAGUACGCCCCGUUAAUUAAGGUGCUAAAGGAGAAUAUAAGUGAAAUCUACGAAGUGCAACUCUCACACAGACUGACUGAUGAUCCAUGCAUUGUGGUUGUCACUGAGUGGGGAAUGUCGCCAAACAUGGAGAAAAUCGUCAAAUCUUAUGUCGUAAACAAGAAGGAUGGCGAUGUCGACCCGUUCGGAUCGGGCAUGCGUUCUCGCAUUUUGGAGAUCAAUGGAGACCACCCGAUCAUGAUAGAACUGCUUAAGAGAUGUAAGAACGAUACCGUCGACUCCAGCGUGAUCGAUUCCAUGAAGCUGCUCUACAACGCGGCGAAGCUGGCCGGUGGAUUCGCGAUCGAGAAUCCCUCCACGUUGACGCACACAGCGUACACUUACCUGUCGGGGCAACUCAACGUCGAUACCUCCGCGACCAUUGAUGAUAUUCCGUACACCCCUGAGGCCGAGGACGAGACCACCGAAAUACCCGAAGACAUGGACCUAGAAGAAAUCGAUCUCGAUGAGGAGGGUAAACCCGUCAACGAUGAACUUUGA